GGGGAUUUAAUGAGGCCCUCCACCCCACUCUGCUGUCACUUCAGCUUCUCAGAGUCUGGGCAGUCAGGGGUCCACACAGCCGCAGGAUAAUGGCACCAACAAAGAAGGGCAUCUUGGAGCGUCUCAACGCUGGAGAGGUCGUCAUUGGCGAUGGAGGGUUUGUGUUUGCCCUCGAGAAGAGAGGAUACGUGAAGGCUGGACCCUGGACUCCCGAGGCUGCCGCAGAGUACCCAGACGCUGUGCGUCAGCUGCACAGGGAGUUCCUGCGAGCUGGAGCCAACGUCAUGCAGACCUUCACCUUCUAUGCCAGUGAUGACAAGUUGGAGAACAGAGGCAACAAGGUCACCUUCACUGGAGCUCAGGUCAACGCGGCCGCCUGCGAUCUGGCCCGGGAGGUUGCCAACGAGGGCGACGCUCUGGUGGCGGGAGGCGUGUCCCAGACUCCGUCCUACCUGAGCUGCAAGAGUGAGACGGAGGUGAAAGCCAUCUUCAAGAAGCAGCUGGACGUGUUCACCAAGAAGAAUGUCGACUUCCU